AUGGUUCACACCCCGAGGGGGGUGAAACCGCCUCUGCUUCACUUACCAAGGGGAGAAACCAUAUCUGGUUUCCACACCAAGAUGGGAGACUACAAACCUGUUUCACACAACCAGAAGAGAAAACACAUGUGGUUCACACAUCCAUUGGAGAAAGAAGAUGUAUCUCUUUCCCUCGCCAAGGUGGAAAUACACACCUGGCCGAUCUCACCCAUAGGAGUAAACUAUUUCUCCUUUGAUUUUAUGACAGCUAGGAAAGAGCUGCUGAACUUUGACCUGAGUUCUUUACAUUUUCAAUGGUUAUUAGGAAACAGGGAAAUAAGAUUGAAAGUGCUUGGAAUUAUGAUCACAGAAAUGGAUUUUAUUCGUUUAGUGAGGAAGUCUAAAGGCAGUCCAGGAGUGGAAAAACUAACUCCUAAAGGAUUUAAACUUACAAACAAGUGGGAUCCAAAAAUCCUUAAUAGUAAACACCAACGAAAAGGCCUUCUGUUUGAUGCGAAGCUGUUUGUCUACAUCACGAAGAAACCCAGGACUUGUACGCAGUAUCAAGCCAUGCAGCAGGAUGAGGUCAUCACAUCCAAGGACAAGGUCACUGCCCGGUAUCGCUAUGGAGACGAGCCAGACAUACAGGAAGUAGUCAAUAAUCUGGAAAUAGAGAACAUGUAUCUGAAAGAAGCCCUGAAAUCUUUGGAUCAGUGUGUCUGCUACCCACAAUGUAUUGUAGAUGGAGUUGUCUAUGACGAUGGAGACACAUGGCAACAGAACUUCUGUACCAUCUGUGUUUGUCAGAAAGGACAGCCAUCAUGCUCUCCUCGACUUGACAUGGCCAACUGUACAGCCCCAUGUUCUGACUCUCCAUGUAAAAAUGAAGGGUCCUGUGUCGAUGUUGGAAUGGACGGCUACCAUUGUGAUUGUGUACCCCCCUUUGAUGGCCCCACAUGUGAGGUGCGACAGAACCCCUGUGUAUGGCCCCUGGAGAUGGGUUGCUGUGAUGGUAACAACACGGUGCUGCGAUACUUCUAUGACCGAUUCACUGAGGAUUGUCUCCCUUUCAACUACUCUGGUUGUGGUGGAAACGUCAACAAUUAUGAGACUCUAGAACAGUGUCGCAGUGUGGCCAUGACUGGUGCCUGCUGUUUCAGGAGGUUCAAGACAGAUAUUGAUGCUCUUAUAGAUGGAGAACAAGGGGAGGAGUCUAAGUGUGAGAUCUUAAGUAUUGGUGAUUGUCGGAGCCUCCAUGGUGACAGUAGACUAGGCUACAAGCUGGAGGUAACAGCCUUUUCUCCAGGCCAGCUGUGUGAGGAAGUCAACUGUCUAAUGCCCUCUGACAAGUGUAUGUAUGACGGUCAGACCUACUCACCUGGAGACAAGAUACCUCAGGGCUGUCAGGACUGUAUGUGUGAGGCUGAUGGUCAGUGGACCUGCAGCUGCAAAGUGGUGUCAGAAAGGAAGGAAAUCCGUGACAUGACGCGUGAGGAGCUGGUAAAAUUUUACUCUGCUGUCCAGCAGUUACGCCUCAGUGGUCCCGGUAAUGACUGGGAGAAGUUACGAGAUGUCUAUAUGAUACACAGCAUGCAGGCUAAUGGUGGUCAGUUCUACCUUCCAUGGCACCGCAUCUUCUUACGGCGACUGGAACAGAAGCUACAGAGAAUCGACUGCUCUAUUACGCUGCCAUACUUUGACUUCACCACAGACUCUGGCAGGCUUGCCGAUGCUGUUAUCUGGCAACCAAGUUACUUUGGUGGUGAAGGCGAGGCUGACAGUUGUGUGCCAGACCAUCCAUUUGGUCAGCCAGGGUCUUGGCGUCCUUGUAUCUUGAGAAAGUUUGAUAUGGCGGUUCCUAUUCCCUCCUUAGCUGAUCUGUCCAUUGCACUCAGCAGUGAGAAUUUCUUAGACAUGAGCAUGUUCCUGGAGACCUACCUGAGUUACGUCCAUCGCUAUAUUGGUGGAGAUAUGCUCACCACCGGUGCCCCCUAUGACCCCAUUUUCUACUCUAUUCAUGCAUAUGUAGAUAUGUUGUACUGGCAAUGGCAACAGAAAGGAAACAACAAGAACAUGUUCCCCGGAGCCUACGGAAACAUUCCAAUGGUACCUUUUAACAUUCCAGCUCGUAGUGUUCUUGACCUUGAAGCUGCAGUGUGUGUGACAUAUGCUUUACCCUCUAAAGGUAACCCCUGUAAUGUGACCUUGACCCCUGGCCCUGAUCCCAAUAGACAGCCAGAUAGAGGAGACAUACCUGCGGUGACAGUUGAUCUGAAUUUGCCAGGCUAUGAAGCAGGCUUUGAUCGUCGAGGCUUUAGCCAAGAUGGAUUUGGCAAGGACGGUUUUAACAGGGAUAACUAUGACAGGGAGGGUUAUAAUCGCUGUGGUUAUAACAGAUAUGGUCUGAACCGUGAAGGCUACACUAAAUAUGGCUUCGAUGUGGAGGGCUUUGAUCGUAAUGGAGAGGAAGACACCACAGGACGUUACCAUAGCAAUGGAUAUAAUGACUUCUGUCUGAACAGAAGAGGUUUGACAAGAGAUGGUUAUGACAAGCACGGGUUUACUAUCGGAGGGAUUGAUGCCAAUGAGUGUUCCUACUACUAUAAAGGACCCUUUGCAACAACCCAGACAUUGAAGAUCUGGGAUAUCUUAUCUCUACAAGGUCAGGGUUUUCUUAUGACUUUUCCUCGCCUGUGUCCUCCACUGGACCCUGUUCCAAUCAGCUGGGCUGAGCAGUUCUGGAUCACACAGAUCAAAGAUGUGUCAGCCCUUGUGCCCAGUGCAAACACUGACCAGACAUUAUCAGCAGCAGAUUCCCGCUUCUGCUUCGACACGCAGUCUUUUCUGACCCCAUGUACCUGCGAGACAACAGUGGCUAGCUGUGUGACCAACCCCUGCCUUACUGCAUCCUGUCCCUCCUGGCCAGAAGCCACGUGUCACAUCAAUUUCUGCACAGAAUGUCGUGAUGUCUGGUUUUAUGAUGAUCAGAUUGUUGACUGUCAAGGAGAGAGGGAUUUCUGCGAGCCAAACCCUUGUCAGAAUGGUGGCAGUUGUGUCCCUUCUAUCUGGCCUACUGAGCCUCAGCUGGUCACCUGUACCUGUCCACCAGGAUGGGACGGACACCUGUGUCAGUUUCCAGCACUGGACGUCUGUAGCCUCCCUAUCAACACAGGAUAUCUGUGUGGGCAAGAAACCCGCUGGUACUAUAACCCCCAGUCACGAGCCUGUGAGGAGUUUGUAUACAUGGGCUGUGGAGGUAAUGCUAACAACUUCCCGACAUUAGAGGCUUGUCAGGCUCGUUGUUCCAUUGGUGCAUGUUGUCACAGACAACCCAGCUUCAGAAACAGAAACAUUGGAUAUGGCGUUCAGGGUUAUGAUAGGUAUGGGUUCAACAUGAAGGGUGUAAACAAACGAGAAGAACCCAGGACUGUCAACAAUGCAUUCUUCAAUGGCAGUGAAGUCUACAAUUCCAAGGGCUACGAUUGGCAGGGUUUUGACCGAUUUGGAUACAACAAGAACGGAUUUGAUCGCUUUGGUUACGACAGAAAUGGCUUUGAUCAGGAAGGAUUCAACCUGCUCGGGUAUAGUGAAAUAGGGGAUUAUGAUGGCAACAUUGACUACAAUGAAGAUGGAUACGAUAGUGAGGGAUAUAACAGGGCUGGCAUGAAUUGUCAGGGACACAAUCGGCGUGGCUUGAACUCACGUGAAGUCACUGUGGCCUACCUUUACAGCUGUAGAUCAGCAUCCUUGGACCAGUGUCAGAACCUGGGCAAGGGUCAAGAGGCCAUCAAGUUUGUUCCAGGCCAGAGAUGCGAAGUAACACAAUGUGAAAAGCCAUGUGGAUGUAGCCAUGGUAACAUGAGCUAUGCUUUUGGGGAGAAGUUUCGACGUGGUUGCCAGACGUGCACCUGUUUGCCGAGUGGAUCCGUGAUAUGUGAUUGUGUCAGUGUGCGACAGAGGAAGGAGGUGCGAGAUAUGAGCCGAGAAGAGAUUGAGAAGUUCCAGGCUGCCAUUAAAUAUCUGGCCAAGGAAACUGGUCAUCCAUCGCGCUGGUACUCCCUUGCAAAGAUGUAUGCAGACCACAGACCACAAGCUGUGGGAGGGGACCACUAUCUUCCUUGGCUCCGUUAUUUCCUGCAGUAUGUGGAGCAGGAACUCCAAGAAAUUGACUGCAGUCUCACCAUUCCCUACUUUGAUUGGACAGUAGAUGUAGGCGACUUGAGGAAAAGUAUUGUUUGGGCAGCUAAUAUGUAUGGUGGUAACGGUGAGACAUUGGAGGGCUGUGUUCGUACUCAUCCAUUUAAGGAUUACCAUCCACCUUUCUGGGCCCCGUGUCUACGGCGUCAGUUCAACACGAAAGUCAGUCUACCUGAUGCUGUCAAUUUAGAGUUACUCAUGCGCCAGCCUCGAUAUGAGAAUUUCCGUCUGCGGUUGGAAGUAAUGUCCAACCAGUUCCAAGCCUGGGUUGGAGGUCAUAUGCAGACGGAGCUUGCACCCUACGACCCACUUUUUCUGUCUCACAUGGCAUUUAUAGACAGGCUGUGGUCGGAGUGGCAAAAACGUCAGGGCAAUGGCUACUUUAACUAUCCACAAAAGCUGCGUUAUAUUCCCAUGGUACCAUUUGGAGUUACCCCUGAUGACGUGAUGGCCUCAGAAGGACAGAUGUGUGUGGGUUAUCUACCCCUGUCAGAAGGAGCUCUGUGCAACACGUCUGUGCCUCUCUUUGGCUAUGACAGUGAGGGAUAUGAUCGCCAUGGAUAUGAUAGAGAGGGUUUUGACAGGGAUGGAUUCAACAAACGAGCAAUGGACCGUGAUGGUAACACAGACAUGCGUGGAAUUUUUAGUACCACGGGUCUAGAUCGUCAUGGCUAUAAACGGAAUGGUUAUGAUACUAUGGACUUUGACCGUUAUGGUUUCUACUAUGACAUGUACAAUUUGGAUGGAGUGGACAGCUCUGGCUAUGACCGGGACGGAUAUGAUCGGUAUGGAUUUAACCGUAAUGGAAUGACACCCUAUGGUUUCCUAGGCAACGGGACAUGGACACGGGGAGAAAGGUUGGACCUAUUUGAUCAUUUUGGUUACAAUAGGUAUGGUUACAGUAGUAAUGGAUUGGACAGAAAUGGCUAUGAUGUAUUUGGUUUUGACUCUGUAGGUUUUGAUAAACGCAUGUGUAACAACUUCUAUCUAGGUCCUGUAUAUGUGAUCAUUAAACGCUGGACAGAAAUGGAAUUAGAGAAACUGGAUGAUUUGUCCCUACAAAUCAUCACAAGGAUCUGUCCAGCAGUAACAGUGCUACCAUCCUGGGUCUACUCAUUCAGCUGGUUCCUGCGUGGUAACCAGGUGGCCCAGAUUGAGGCAAUACAGAACAGGGAGCAGACAGAUUACACACCUAGAACAUCCAGUGUCCUGGACAACGACCUCUGGUUACCAGUUCCUCCUGACAACAGGUUGUGUUUUGUGACUAACUACUACAACAAGUGCCCAUUUGGACAAUUACCUGUGUCUUGUCCUGAUAUGUGUGGCAAUAGACAAUGUCCAGGUAUCGUAGAUGCUGUGUGUAGGACAAACAACUGUGGACGCUGUCACCAGGAGUGGUACAACGGAGUCACAGGAAACAUCAUUGAAUGUAGCGGUUGUGUUGAUGAGAAUGGAAAGGAACGUCCAGAGGGUUCCACCUGGGCACCAUCUGUGUGUAAAGUUUGUACCUGCCAGCAAGGCCUUCAGAACUGUGCUGAUACAAUCUGUACUGAACCAACAUGUACCCACCCAAUACAAGUGCCCGGCCAGUGCUGUAAAUCAUGUGAUGGUGGUUGUGACUAUAAUGGCAGUAUCUACUCCAAUGGGGAGGUGUUUGAGGAGUCCCAGUGUAACACAUGUCAGUGUAACUAUGGUAGUGUGGAGUGUCGACGUAAGCCUUGUCAACUCACACCUGGAUGUCGCAGCAGCACCCUCCUGCCAGGCGACUGUUGCCCAACCUGUAUGGACUGUGGUAGUCAUAGUAACGGCUCACGAUGGCGGGAGCGUGAUAGUCCAUGUGUAGAACACACAUGCUUGAAUGGUGUAAGUAGUCAGAGGAGGAUACAGUGUGGGGAGGCUAACUGUCGACAUGCUUACACACCUGCUGGAGAGUGCUGUCCAGUCUGUGUUGCUUGUUUUUACCAGGGGAGGAUAAUCCAGGACGGAGAACUCUUCUCUCCUAAUCUCUGUACAUCUUGUCUGUGUAAACAUGGUAAUGUUGAGUGUAUUGAUGAGCAGUGUCCAAGACCCCAGUGCAGCAUGCCUAUUACUGCCCCAGGGGAGUGCUGUCCUACCAUCUGCAACAGUGCCUGUGUCUAUGAUGAUAAGCGGUACCAACAUGGGGAGGUAUUCAGUGCGUCUUACGACCCUUGUCUUAACUGUUCCUGUGAUAACUCUAUUGUUCGCUGUGUACCUACGCGCUGUGACACACAGACAUUGCCAUGUCAAAACCCAGUGAGGGUGGGAUCAGGCUGCUGUGACCUUAGAUGUCCAGAGUGUGUUGAUGAGGGAAAGCGGUAUGCGAACAGGGAUGUAUGGGUGUCUUCCUCUGAUCCUUGUCGUGUCAACCAGUGUCGCGAGGGGCGCAUCAUCACACGGACACGACAGACAUGUGACCGUACCUGUACCCAUGGGACGAUCCGUCGUAAUGAGUGUUGCUCCAGCUGUACAGAAUGUUUGUAUGACGGAGAGACAUACAGUGAUGGUCAAAGCUUCAUGAUGCCUGGGGACAGUCUACAGAGAUGUACAUGUACUGCAGGAAAUGAUGUUCCUACAAUGGCCAAGUAUACCAACACGGGGACACUGUCUCAGCUAGUAGAUGUACCAUUCUCAGAUGUCAGGAGGUGCCCUGUGAAGGGGCAAGCUUACUCUGCAAGUUUUUUUGUAGGUCAGGUGUUGUCUGACCGAGUGCAGUGUCCUGCCCCACCCUGUCUAAACCCUGUUGAGGUGGACGGUCAGUGUUGUCCAGUCUGUAAGGAGUGCUCCUUUGAGGGAAGGAAUUACAGGGAAGGAUUGACUUUCCCCAACCCCAGCAAACCAUGUGAAACAUGCCACUGUCAGAGGGGUGAGGUUAGAUGUAGGAAGACCUCAGUAGAUACCUGUCCUCCAGUCAACUGUCGCUAUCCUGAGACCCGUCCAGGUGAUUGUUGUCCAUCCUGUGGAGGCUGUCAAUAUCUCAACAGGCACUUCCAGAAUGGUCAGAAAUUUGUGCCACCAGGUGGAGAUGCAUGCAGGGUGUGCGUGUGCGAGUGUGAUAAUGGUGUACAGUCAGGUGCUGUCAACUGUACCCGAAUGGAGUGUAGCCCAGUGAACUGUCCUAACCCAGUCCGCCCCGCAGGUCGCUGCUGCCCUGUGUGUCCAAUCAACUGUAAUGUCCUUGGCACCAGAUACAAAGAAGGACAGUCUUUUGGGGAUACAAUGGAUCCUUGUACUAGGUGUACCUGCUGGGGAGGGAGAAUCACAUGUCAGUCCCAUGCGUGCCCUAGCACCGGCUGCACAAACCCUGCACGGCGUCCUGGCCAGUGCUGCCCUUCUUGCAGUAACUGUGAAUACAACAAUCGCCUACUCAGGAAUGGUCAAGUGUAUGUGGACCCUACACAGCCCUGCAAGGAGUGUCGUUGCACAGAUGGAUCCAUCACUAAUAUGACUGUGUCGUGCCCUCCACUGAACUGUGAACGAUCCAUUAAUCUGCCUGGGCGGUGCUGUCCUGUCUGUGAGGAUGAUGUGCCUGGUCCAACAUUAGACCUGACUUGUCAAAUGGGCAAUGUAACAUACCGAGAGGGGGCCACCAUGCCCCAUCCCUCAGACAAGUGCCAACAAUGUGUUUGUAGGCAGGGACAAAUAGACAACUGUCGACAGAAGUUGUGUGCCCAGACUCGAUGUAACAGUCCAGUGUUUACACAAGAGGAAUGUUGUCCACAAUGUACAGAUUGUAACUUUGAGGGAUUGAUCCACAAAAGUGGCAGUAGAUUUACACACCCAGUGAGGCGUGACCAGACGUGUUCCUGUAUCCAAGGAAAUGUGAUGUGUGAGUGUAAUCAGUGUCAGCCUCUCACCUGUCGUAACCCUGCUCCUGCAAACAGUACCUCCUGCUGCCCCACCUGUCACAACUGUCUUUAUGGAAACCAGGUCCGCAACAACGGUACACGGUUUCCAUGUGGGGAAACCUGUACUACCUGUACAUGUGUUAAUGGCAAUGUCAAGUCCACACCUGAGUCCUGCUCACCAGUCAACUGUCAACAUCCUGUCACAGACGGAUGCUGUCAGAACUGUGAGCAGUGCUUCUACCAGGGCCGUACUUACAGUGAUGGUCAACGCUUCUCUGAUCCUCGCAAUGACUGUAACCUGUGUGUGUGUGACAGGGGCACUGUCACCUGCCAGGCAAAAUCUUGCCCUGCCCCAACCUGUAGUUAUCCAUCUAAUGGCCUAUGCUGUCCGGAGUGUGGUAAUUGUAUGUACCCAAACUCGGCUGGUCGACUCAUAAGAAAUGGUCACCGUGUCCCCAGUGAACAGGAUGUGUGUACGGAGCAUUUAUGUAGAAAUGGCGAAAUUUCUAAUCUAACUAAGCGUUGUGUUGGUGUGUCGUGCCAGAACCCAGUUACCCGUGACUGCUGCCAAGAGUGUACAGGCUGUCUUUACCGGGGGUUAGAGAGGAGAAAUGGUGAGUAUUUUAAAAACCCUGAUGAUGGCUGUAGUACCUGUCAGUGUGUGGAUGGUAAUGUAAGGUGUAGUCGUCAACCAUGUAACCCUGUAGACUGUAAUUGUCCUGCUGUCAAAGGAUGCUGUCCAGUUUGUGGAGACUGUUUCUACCGUAACAAGUUCUACGCCGAUGGACAGAACUUCACCGACCCUAACGAGACCUGUGUGAAAUGCGAAUGUCAGCAGGGUAAUGUAAGAUGUGCUCGUGUUUCUUGUCCACUGCUGCGCUGCCCAGAAAAUGUCCAGUUCUAUGGACGUGACAAAUGCUGUAAACAGUGUCCCUCACCCGACCGCUUGGUUGACUGUACAUAUGAAAAAGACCAGCUUUUCACACCUGGUCAGUCAUUCCCCUGUGGAUGUGACACCUGUACCUGUAAACGGGACGGCACCAUUGGCCGUCAACGGGUAGACUGUCCACCUGCAUUUUGUCAGAAUCCACGAACCAGUGAUGUGUGCUGCCCAACUUGUGAGUACUGUGAGUUGAGACAGUCGACGGAUUCCCAAAGGACACUCCUGCUGACCAAUGGUCAGCGACGGGAAGACCCAAGGGACAGCUGUACCACGAUGAUAUGUCAGAAUGGAAACAUCGUCAGAGUGUCCCGAUCUUGUGACGUGCAGUGCACCCAUGCUGUUCCACCAUCUCUGGGCAAGUGUUGUCCAGAAUGUACCGAUUGUUUUUACCGUGACAGUACUGGAGCGGAGCAGAUCAUACGACACACAGACACUUUCUCUGACCCUAGCUACCCCUGUAGAGAUUUUCACUGCUUGGUGGCGCUUUUGGUAUUAUGCUUGAUGUCUAUGAUUGUGACGACCAUACAAUUAAAGUACACUUGUAACCUGAACCCGUACUCCAAUGGAUGUAGUGUGCCGAAGGGUAUUAAAAUCGAGUUCAAAGGGAGGUUCAAACCUGCCUGUAACAAACAUGACAUAUGUUAUAACUGUUUUCGGAGGUUUGGCCUUUCACGACUCCAGUGCGACAGAAGAUUUAAGAAAAACAUGAAACAGAUAUGUGGAACCCUCAACGGAAAGAAUGCAGUUGAUAAAUUCUUUAAACGAGAGUCCUGUAAAACGCACGCUGAUAUCUACUAUGCGGCAGUGCGGAUUGGAGGAGGCAAGUUCGUCGCAAAGAAGACACCAAAAUGGUGUCGUCAAAACUGGGUCAAAUCAUGUAUGAAAUGA